AUGAAGAAGCCGUGGAAGUCACCUCCCAACGCGGGCGGUAGUGCUGGGCCCCGGACUGGCCCGCACCCGAUCCGUGGUCGAAUUUCUGGUCCCGUUCCGAUCUUGAGUUCCAUGGACGACGAGUUUCCCAUACGUAACCCUGGCUCGAACAUCGCGACGCCUGUCCGCGCCGAGUUCAACGACAUACAACCCGAGCCUGCCUGGUCAGGCCGAAAUCAGCAACAAGCGGCUCCUCCCGUUGCCCCAAGCCCACUCAAUGAUGUUGUACAACCCGACAGUCUCGAUCUGGGUACAUCGCAGCCUAUGCCCUCGCCCGUGACGACAAUGCGAGCACCGCCCGUGCAGAGAACAAAUACUUCUCAUCUGGUCAGACGUUCCAUUGUCAGUGCCGAUACGGUUCAGAUAAAAGACAAGGACCGCCCGCACCGAAAGCAGUCGAAGCUGCGUGGUGCUCUUGGAAAGCUUCUGGGUCGCAAGAGAAAGGCCAAUGCAAACGAUAGCCCUAACAACACAGAUUCGGACGUCGCCUCGGCAUCAACCACGCGACCAAACCAUCACCGUAGCCUGACGGGCAAGGCUCCUCAUCAGACUGAUUCGGGACCCGUGGAUAGACUGGAUUCAUCAAGGGCUCGGAACCGCCCAUUCCCUGGUGCCGAAUCCAAGCGCUCUGCCUCCCUCCCCAUCACCGAGUUUGACCGAGCAUUGCGAUCUCAUUCCGUCCGCCCCGAAGAUGUUCGUGCCAUUGAGAGUGCGCGCAACUCACUUAGCGCCGAUUUCGGCCUAUCUCAAAGACAAACAGGUCCGCGCAGGUCCAAAGAAACUGACCUCACCGGUCUCUCGCCGCGACCUGCCAGCAGCCAAGGUCGAGACAGUAGGGUGGCUCAACAUGAAGAUGAUCCCGCAGAGAUUGGACGUGCAAUCACGAGCGACUUCACAGGCUCUCGACGCCGAUCACGAAGCCUUUCGGGCUUACCAGAGGUUGAAGAGGACCAGGGUAAAGCUCGACGGCGCAGCGAUGAGAUCCGCUACUGGAGAGAGAGCUAUGACCCGGCUUUCAUGUCUCCGGUAUCAUCCAAUGUCCCGGAGGGCGAAGAAAUCGCGACUGUUGGCACUGAGACAACCAACAAGGACCCGCCUCAGACCCCCCCAGAACCGUUUCACUUCGACACCUUGCCCAACAUGAGCGGGAAUGGGGGGAUGAAAAUCACACACGCCGCAAAUUUAGAAACCCGCGUUUGCAAUCUAGAGGCUAGAGUGUAUCAGCUUGAGCAGGUUCUCAACCAAGUUUGCCACGAUGUCCCGAAUUUUCGGCCCCAGGUUGACCCUCCAUAUCGACCAACCCCUCAAGUCCCAGUGGAUGAAACACCCUUCGAAUACAAGAUAACUAGGCCUCUGACCUCACCAACGGGCCAGGCGAGAAUAAACGGCACAAGGGACUCCCUUCAUUCAGGAGGACAAAAGCGAAACGUCUCCGGUGGGUCGUUCGACGAGGCUCCUGGCCUCCUCGGCACAUUUCGCGACUCAAAUACUCUAUCGGCCCUCGAAACUUCAGAUCGACCCACGUCUACAGCGACCAUUCGUGGAGUAAGCAGCCUUCCUACCCUUUCGAAGGAUGCAGGCGGGCCUUUCACCACGGAUCACUACGCCACACUCUUGGCUUUGGUUCGCACAGAACGCUCGGCCCGGGAAGCCCUCGAGUCGCAGGUUAAAAGUCUUGGUUACCAAGUCAGUGUCUUGGCCAAAUCAUCUGCCUCUCGAAGAGACACCCGAUAUGACCCACCUCCGACCGCCAAGUCGUUUGGGGACAGAUCGGCGUUUGACCAUGACGAUGACGAAAUCGAAAUGAGAAUGGCGAUAGAGAGACAUGCUCGGUCUAUUGAUCCCGAGGAUUCGGGUAUUGGUACGGGCCACGGUGACGAGAGCGAGUACUCCGAGACGUACGAGACUCCCCGCGAGGAAGGCUACAGCUUCGGUGCCUUUGGGGAGGAUUUAGAAGAGGAGGACCAGGCCAAGAAGAAGUCGGCGAGGACACUCUCCUUGUCACAACUCACCCAUGCGAAAAAAUCCCCGGCCUCGCAGCUUCCACCACACGCCAUUUGA